AUGGUUUAUCCGGCCAUCGAAGUUACUGUCGUCACUGUUGGGAAUCGCACGAUUGAAGAUGAGACAACGGAAGAUGGACAAAAGUACCAGAAAGCGUUCCAUGCCGCAGCUACAACUAUUCCUGGCUGCUCUCGCGGUUGCUGGGGCAGAAGUGAUAAAUAUCCAGAUAAGGUGAUUCAUUUUAUCGACUACGACACGCGCAAACAGCACGAUGUCCACAAAGCCCUCAUCAAUGGACCUACACCACCGAUUCUUCUAGAUGUUCAAAGCGAUGAGACUGUUUAUGUUAUUCAUCCAAACACGAAUGAUCGCACCAAGGUGUACUAUGCUCCAUACACUACCGUCACCUUCUUCUGGGGAAUUGAUGAAGAAAAAUGGACCAAUAUUGCACCGGAAUUCUUUACCGCAGUGGCUAAAUCGGAUAGCUGCACUGGAUAUAUCUGGGGUGAAGUGGAUAAGCCUAUUCUUGCCGACUUCAAUGGAUAUGCGUCGUUAGGCAGUGGAAAGUGUGGGAUCUUAAUUACCGGCUGGCGCAGUAAAGCUCAGCACGACCGAGAGACGAAAGGUCAGCGAGUCACCAAGGCUUGGGACGCAGUACAAAAGGCUUGUGCAAAGGCAGACGACUGGGGUACCAGCUUGAGGAUUACCGAGAACACGGGUCAUAUUCACCGAUGGACUACGCCUUUGCCUCUGAAGGAUCGUUCUGACUGGCUUCCUGCGGCUGGAAUGAUUUAA